CUGCUGCUUGAAAAGUGAGGUAUUUAUAGGUGGAGGCGCGACAGCAUUGCUCCAAAGCUCCUGGUUCCCCACUGCUCUGCACUUGCCAUCAUGCUGAGGACUGCUGUUUUCGUCUUUAUCGCGUGCUGUGCGCUUUCAGCGCUGUCAUUGGCUGGAGACACAAACAAAUCCAAACCUUCAGCAACUGUCGCCCCUGCAAGUCAAUUUGACAGUUCAAACACCACCACCACCAAGCAUCCAAACACCACCACCACCAAGCAUCCAAACGCAAUCUUCAUUGUUCAGCCACAGCUAACCAGUACUAGUGGAAGUUGCAAUGAAAACAGCGCCAACCUUAAGAUUUCCUUUAAAGAGGGCUUCAUUAACUUCAGCUUCACCAAGAGUGUUCCUAAUAACACCGUCUACGUUGAUGCCGUGUCUUUCAGCUUGAACUACCCUUUAACCACAGAACGUACAACUUACAAUGCCAACAACAAGUCAGUCCAUCUGUUCCCUGCACAGAUUGGACACUCCUACUCCUGCAGCGCUGAUUCUAUUUACAUGGGCAACGACCUGUCCCUGGAUGUAAAUUCUGACAGAACGCAAGCCUUCAAUCUGACCAAGAACAACUUUGGCGAUCGUGACUACUGUCCUGCGGACCAGCGUAGUUACAAGAUUGCCAUUGGAGUGGGAGUGGCACUGCUGGUGCUCAUCGUGGUGGUGGUAGUGGCCUAUCUGGUGAGCCGCAAGAGGAGGACCGAUGGCUACCAAUCCCUGUGAGGGGGAUUGGCCAGAAAGGGAUAAGCAGUCACUAAGACCUUCUUAGGUGGAUGAAGGGGAUCUUUACUGAAACCUGUCAUUUCUGUCUUUGUCUCCUAAUUUAACUGGUUGAUGGUUAGUUACAGUUUUCAUUCAGAGGUAUGUGCUACUUUAAACAGCUUGAUUGUACAAUUUGAGAAUAUAGAGUUUUUUAAAUUUAGUUUUAAAUGAGUUAAAUGUAGAUCAGUUUGAAUAACAAAAGCAUACUGGUUUUCAUUUUAUUGUCACAGCCACACACUCUACACUCCAUACAGUCAGGUUUUGAAACGCCAGUAUGACAAGUCGAGCGCUUACUUUGUCAUUUAAUGCCAGUUGCUAGGAUGUUUAUUUGUGUCACUAUGGUACAUAAGCAGUGUUUGGAUCACAGAGUUGUAUUGUUCAUUAUUGACAACAGCGGCCCCCGUUAUGAGUCAUAAUCCAACUGUUGCUAUCACUUAACUCAAGAGUUGUGAGGUAAAAGUCAUUUUUAAUCAUCUUUUCUUUUAAAAUUAGAAGCAGCUUAUUUUU